GGCACGUCUGGUACCAAAAUGGCGGCCCUGGGAGAUUGUCAUGGCAAUAGUUUCAGUCUGUUCACGCAACAAAAGUCUUUUCUUACGUCUCCAGAGAAAAUUCGCGAGCUGCUUGAUGGAGGUGUCUCGUCGAAAGAAAGUAGAAAUGUCAGUGAACAAACAGAUGUCGAUGUUCUACGGAGAAGCAGUCAAGCACCAAGUGACGCCACCAACAAAGACAGUUUCUUUUCACGAGUGGAAACUUAUUCAUGUUUGAAAUGGGCUGGCAAGCCUCGCACCCUCUCCCCGCUCAUGUGUGCCCGGUACGGCUGGACGAAUGUCAGCUGUGACAUGCUCAAGUGUUGCAGCUGUCAGGCCUUCUUGUGCGCAAGCCUUCAGCCCACUGUUGACCUGGAGAAAUAUAAUUCACGUGUGGAAGAGCUGACCAGGCAGCUACAGACCCAGCAUGAGAGAUUUUGUCCCUGGCCUGACUGUCCAUCUCCUGAGCGUCUCUGGUUGGUAUCUGCUUGUGAACCAUCUACACUCCUGACUUCUUUCCUGGAGCGCUACGAAAGUGCCAUCACACUCGCUCAGCAGCUGCCUGCCAUGAAGCCAGAGCAGCUCAAGUCAUUGUCCCUCACUGAGGACGUCAUCAGUGCCCUGCUGCAGCUGAUUGACAAAGAGCUGAAAGAGAAGAACCGGGCCCCGUGCUCGGCACCUUUGGAUGUGCAGGUUGCUGCUAGUAUAGUUUCUGUCUUCGGCUGGUCUGCCAGCCUGGUACAUCAAAGUGCAAAACUUCCCCUCCUCUCCUGCUCCUACUGUAUGCGCAAGGUGGGCUUGUGGAACUUCCAUCAGAUGGAGUGGAUGGCAGGUGACGGAGAAGCGUCUGCUAACUCUGAAAGCCCUUCGACUCAAGCGGCCGUACCGGCCCCUGCUGAGGUCCCGGGAGACAUUUCUUCAGCUGCUUCACCCUCGUGUCGCAUGAAGCUGAGGAGCCAGGACACCACCCGCCCUGACCUGGGUGAGACGGCCUCUCUGAGCCUUCUGACCAGGGGCAAGAGACCCGCCACCCGCAGCCGAGGACUCGGAGAUGAUCCUGGUGCCAUGCAGCAGUCAUCCAAGCGCCUGUGCCUCUCUUCGUUUGACAACACUGACUGUCCUCUGCAGAAGGAGGCAUUCAACCCCAUCUCACAGCACAGGGACUGGUGCCCCUGGAUCACAGAGGAGAAGGAAAGCCUGGAUUCAAAUGCUGCCACUGUGUUGGAGGGAGAGUCGCCUGCACAUCAGCGAGGCUGGAAAGCUGUCCUGGACCUCCUGGUGCCGGUCACCUCCGAUCUAGGAGGUAGUCAAGUCCAGGGCCCUCGGGACAAGUCCAAAAAGGUGUUUGCCAUAUUCCACCAGUGGCAGGUGUCCUCGGAGUCAAAGUAGAAAAACACUAGUGCCCGGGAGAAACACGUUUUUCAUGAUCCAUCUGGAAUAAAGAGCAGCUUACGCCCUGAGGUCUCUGCGACAAAGGAACAAAAGUCUGUUAUCAUGGAGGACAACAGAAGAAGACUCUACUCUACUGUGCAGCGAAAACUCAUCUGCUGAAUGAAAUGUGAAAUAAUGCUUUCAAAUGUCUGCCUGAUGAAGCCUUUUCGUGUGAGGAAAUUGUUGAAUAAAUAGUGAAUUUGAAUCAGGGCUGUUUGGAAUGUUGAAUAAACUUCUUUUUGUCUGAAUAAUUACUGAUCAAUGUAAUAUCUUAAAGGUGUUUUGGGGUCUGUGGCAUAACAGAAGUGACAAAAUACAGGGAUAAAUGCACAAAGUGGAAAUAGAAAUGAGCAAAAAAGGCUGAUAUUUUGUCGCUCCUGUAACAAUUUCAUGGCAGUAUAGUGUAAUGUAGCGUUCUUAUUUGAGAUCCGUCAGCGCCCUCUACUGAUGCUUCUCUCAU